GGUCAUCUUUAAACCGACCAACAACUUCCUGACUUUUCUUUUCUCUUUUUAACUUCUCCCUUUUUUGCCGAUUCGAAAUAUUCUUGACGAAUAAGUCCAUUCCAUUUUUGGUUCACCUUCGCGGAGGAUCUCAUCUCCAUGGCUUCUUCAGCUCUGGCGUACCCUUCAGAUUUCCAAAUUCCGUUCGAUCUCUUCAUCUCCAAGAAACAUCCCGGCCUUCCACGUGGCUAUCUCGGGUUGAGUGCUCCUCGAUGCGCUGGCAAUCCCCUAAUUUCCAUGCGCGGCAGCCAUGAUGGAUCUUGGCAAUGCUUCAGAGGGGAUGGUAGUGGGGAGGAUUUGAUAUUCAGAGUUGAGAGAACACUGAAUACGCUUACGAGAACUGAGUUCAACAUAUUCCUCGGUGGUGCAAAUUGUGAAGACUCCACAGAUUUCAAGAUGAAAGGUUGCCCAUUCCAGAGGUCCUGCACCAUCUACAAAGGCAAUUCUAUAGUAGCACAGACUAGCCUCAUGUACAAGCUUGGGAAGGCUUUUGUUGGGAGGUGCAAAUUUCGACUAACCAUAUUUCCUGGGUCUGGUGAUCAUGCUGUGGUUGUGGCCUUGAUUGUAAUAUUUUUUGAUGGACGAAGAUUAAGUAACUGACCAAACAUAUAUGCCUAUCGUAGGUAUUUUUAUGUGUCUCUGUAUAAUGUUCGAGUCCAUUUCUCUUCUUGUUCUUUCCUAAGCUUACUACCACCUGAGAGCUUUUUCCACACUAAACAUAAAUGUCUCACAGAAACCUGAGUAUAAGAAUCCUGGUACUUCAUUAAAAUUUUAAGGAUCCAGUUUGGUA